CAAGUUGGCUGUCAGGCAGGCUAACGUGGGCAUCAACCAACAACUAAAUUAUAUAUAAUAUUAAAUCAAACCAUUCGGCAACGGCUGCAAAAUGAACACGUCACAAAUUGUCCUCAUGUUCUGCUUAGUUGUGGGCGUCGCACAGACGGCACUGGCGCUCAAGGAAGACGAUUGCGAAGUUUGUGUAAAGACUGUGAGACGCUUUGCUGACACACUGGACGAUGCCACGAAAAAGGAUUACAAAUUAAUCGAAGCAGACUUUAAGAAAUUCUGCAAGACACAGAAAAACAAGGAGCAAAGAUUCUGCUAUUACCUGGGCGGUCUUGAGGAGUCGGCCACUGGCAUAUUGAAUGAGCUGAGCAAGCCCCUGAGCUGGUCGAUGCCAGCGGAGAAAGUGUGCGAGAAACUGAAGAAGAUGGAUGCCCAAAUUUGCGAUUUGCGUUAUGAUAAACAAAUUGAUUUGAAUAAUGUGGAUCUUAAGAAACUGAAAGUACGCGAUCUGAAAAAGAUCCUUAACGACUGGGAUGAGAACUGCGAGGGUUGUCUGGAGAAAUCCGACUUUAUUAAGCGCAUCGAGGAGCUGAAGCCCAAAUAUACACGCAGUGAACUGUAAACAAACAAACAAACACCUAGCUCUUUACAAGACAAACCACACGCCCACUCAAUAAUAAAUCACACCCACAUACACAUAUAUAUGUAUAUAUAUAUAAACAUAUAUAUAUAUAUUUUAGUUAAUUUACAAUUUUGAUAGACUUUGAGAGAAAUAAAUAUAUAUAUAUUUUGAAAUAAAAAACAUAUUUGUGAGAGAAGUAGCACAAUAAACCCACAAUGACCUCGAACACAC